CCGAGUAAGUGGUCGCAUCGUUCACUUGACCAAGUAAGUGGUCGCAUCGCUCACUUGACUGAGUGAGUGAGUGGUGGCCAGCACAGCACAAUAGCAACACAGUUCACUCACGGACUCAUGGCUCACACGUCCCCAGAUGGCUUUGUGACAGCAACUACAAUGAUGACUGAAGGCUUCCAGGCAUUAACUCGUUUCCAUCCCAACCAUGGGGUCAAUGUUAUGCUCUAUGAUGACAAUACUGUUGCAUAUAGAAAAGCAAGUUUUGCUAAUGCGGUGACCAUCAGCGAGCGCCCCCUGCAGCCUGGGGAGAUCUUUCUGGUAGAGAUAGAGAAGACUGAGCCAGGCUGGACAGGUCACAUGAGGCUGGGACUGACGCAGCUCAACCCAGCCAACCCAGGACUACCAGAGUUGCCCCCAUACUCUCUACCUGAUAUGACCAACAUGGAAAACUCUUGGAUCUGUGCUAUCACAAAGAGCCACAACCGUGUUCAGUUAGAUACAGAAGGAGAGGCUGAAGGAGAAGAGGUGGCUAUAGAAGUGCGAGGAACAGACAUCACUAGAGAACAAGGGGAAGACAUUCAGAGGUCAGAGGUUAGGGAAGAAGUGGUGAGGACACCAACAGAAAACAUUCACACACAUGAGAGAAGUGCCUCUGAUAUGGCUGGGCAUGAUGGAGCCAAAGGUGAUUCCUUUGGGGUGUUUAGAAUAAGAAAUAGAAGGAGAGGGGCUGCAAGCAGUGGAGGUCUGCGAGGUUUGGAUUCCAUAGUUGUUGGUGAGCACCUGCAGACUUCACGUGGUUUGGUGCCAAAGUCGCUCUUACAGCCUACAUCUUAUGACUUCACUGCUCCCUCUGGUCAAAAAAUAACACUCAAGAGAGACAAUAUUCUACCUACUGAUGAGGGCAGUAGGAUCGGUAUCAUCUAUUUACCUAGACUAACCUUAGACGCCAUCGUCAAUGAGAGCCAACUAGUUAACAAAAGAGUAAACGAGAGAGAGAACGAGAUACAGAGUUGAGACAAUGUAAGAACACAAACUGAACAGGUAGUGGACGAUCACUUGGUCAGGCAA